UUUAUCGCCACAUGGUCACCUGUAAAACUCGUGUAAAAAUCACCGUUUCACUUCGUUACAAAGUAACGCGCAAAGUGUGUAAUGUUACAGCAGUGGAGCUUGCAAUAAGAUGUGAAUACUGCCGAUAUGUUGAAAUUACUCUGUCGACAAGCCACCUUCGUACUGUUGUUCUCCAUCGGAAAUAGGGCAUUGGAAAUCGAUCCCGAAGACUACGUACCUUUUUUGUCGGACGUGCAGGAGUACUACAAGUCUUCUGGGAUAAUUUUCCUCUACGACGAUGACUCAGACUACUUCCAAACGCUGACCAGUCUGGGCAUCUUCUUCAAACUUCUCUCCGAUCGUGGUAUCCUAUCCCAAGCGAUACGCUUCUCCAAGAUCCGCGAGAAGUACGACCUGUCCCGCAACGUUCAGAAUCUCUUCGUCGUCUUCAUGACCUCCAGAAGGAACUUCGACAACUUCUGCCUGGCCACUUGGGAUCACGACAUGUCCUACCACACGUGGCUCGUAAUAUUCGCCGAUUCAGUGGAAGCCGAGGUCAAAGAGAUAUGCCUUAAGCCUUCCGGCAAUCCUUUUCACUUAGUCUUCAAUUCGCGAAUGAUAGUACGAUGUCACAACGAAGACUGGAUCAGGAAGUGGUACUCGCUACAAGAGAAUCAGACGGAAGUUCUCGACCUGGCCAAGUGGAACAGGAAGCUCGGCAUCAGUUACAAGAACAAGAACUACUACGAGAGCAGAUACGAUCUCAUGGGAAAGACCAUCAGGAUUGCAACGCAUACGUUCAUGACGUCGAGUACGAACGGUAAAAUGAGCGGCUUUCUGGAGGACAUCCUGCAAGAGCUGGAGAACUUCAUGAACUUCACUGUGGCUCGCGUUCGCGAAGAAGACGCCUUUGGAAAAUGGGACAACGAAGCGCAUCGAUGGACGGGUCUCAUUGGAUCUCUGACCAAUCGCGAAGUCGAUCUCGUCGUCGCGCCGAUUACCAUCAACAAAUUUAGGUUGAGGUUCAUUGACUUCACGAUGCCACUUUUACUCUCAAAGAAUCGGAUUUACAUAAAGCAACCCGACGGUGCCAGGGUACAGUGGUCUGCGUACUUUAAGGCAUUUAGCAUAUCUUCGUGGUCUUUUAUUGCUCUGGUACUAAUUGCCGCGUCUCUGAUGACGGCGCUUAUCAGACUCAUAGUUCACGAGACGAAAGUUUUGCAACUGUCUUUGAAUUAUUUAUUGGAGAAUUUUAUCCGCGUUUGGGGCAUCUACUGUCAGCAAGGAAUACCAGAGUUCCCGUCUUCAACUUCACUACGACUGGCCUACUUUACAAUGCUGCUGCUCACACUAAUCAUUUGGGCUAUCUAUUCAGCUUCAAUCACGAGCUAUCUCACCUUUCUAUCGCCCAGUUUGCCUUUUUCCGAUACCGAAGGCUUUGUCAGAGAUGGAUCUUAUAAAUUGAUCGUCCUUCAGAAUAGUAGCGAUCAAGACAUUAUCUUGUCAGGCUUGGACCCUAUCUUGGCAACGUUUCAACCGUUGCUGAAAGAUCUCGACGAGUUGCCAAAAAAUCCUCAUUCUGGAUUUCUCCAGGUCUGCAACGAAAGAGUUGGAUUUUACGCUAGUGAAGCAGUCCUCAAAGGGGUGAGUGGCUACAUACCGUGUACCUUGACUUACAUAGAAACUGGCCAGUUCGAGUGUUUGGCAUUGGCUUUGAGAAAACGGAGUCCCUACAUCACGUCGAUCAACUACAAGCAACUUGCGAAAAUUGGAGGACAACGGCGUGGUUAAAAAGUUGAACAACUGGUAUUUUCACAAAGUGGACAAUGCGGUCGAAUCGACUCAUUCGCCGAUCGGUAUCUGGGGAGUGGCACCGCUGCUGACGAUUUUCGCAACUGGAUUGGCUCUGUCGAGUCUCGUCCUGCUCCUGGAAUGCCUGUGUCUUCCGAACGGCAAAGUGGCCCAUGAGACGAAAAAUCGACAGCGUGUCUUUUACCCUAAGUGAUGACGGUAUUGAUGAUAAUGAUAAUAUUCACGAUGAUAGUGAUAAUAAUCAGAAUGAUGAAUAAAUAAGAAUUAUAGUAGAUACGAAUGAUGAAUGUUCGACAUAAUGAUAGCUUGCACGUUCGCGCGAAGGUUCGUGAUUCAUCGAAAAUCGAUGCAGUUUUAUUCUUAUAGAUGCAUAUGAUUUCAGCAAAGUGACAUUCUUGAGAGAAAAUCAAUUACGCGCAAAAAUAUUGAGCAAAUUAAACUAACAAGUUACAACUACUUAGGUAUCGAGCAUAUUAUGUAAGUAUCAGCGAAAGAAAUCAAUAGACGAAGCGUUACAUAGGUGUAUUCGAUUUUAUUUUUCACAAGGUACACGACCUGGCAUUGUUUACAAUAUCGCAAUUACCUUAUUUAAUUCCUUAUAGUUUUUUUCCAAACUACAUCCAGCUUACCUUUCCGCUUUAUCUCUUAUUUGCAUUAAAUUUAUAACUGCCUUAUCGCACAUACUGUAAUUCUUUUUUUUUCAUCAUUAGGUACAUAUGUAUAUGAAUUAUCAUACUUUCAAUGGAGUCAACAACAUAUAUAUAUAUAUUUAUUUGAUAAUAUAUGUAUACAUAAGUAUCGUGUAAUGUUCACCAUUAUUUUUCUCCCUUUUUAUGUAUCUCUUACGCGAGUGAAUGCAUUGCAUCUGUCUUUUAUUUUUAUUAGUUUUUUUUAUCUUAUGUACUUAUUCUAGAAUUAUAAUUUUUCCUUAAUCCCUUAUUCAUCACUCAUUCCAUUUAAACGUUGCUCGCUCUUAAUUGAUAUUAACGCAGCUUACGCAAAAAACUUUUACGGUCCUGUCGCUCUUUUUAAUUAUUUUUGUCCGAUACUUUCUCUUUCUAAUAAUUCUUAUCGCCUGUCAAUCAGGAAUGUUUUUGUUUUUCUUCACGACAAUUGGAAAUCAUUCGUAUAAUGUAUCGCGCUUGGUGAAAGGUUAGCCGAGGAAAUUAGGCCCGAUAAAGUAUGACGCAAGGUUUGAUCUUUUGUUUUGCUGCUAUAUAUUUAUAUUUAUUUUUUUCUCUCCCUCUCUCCAGUACGCAAUCACAUGAACUUUGUCAAAAUGAUGAAAGCGAAAGUCGUUUUCUUUUUAUAUAGAAAUUCUAAUAGAAACACGAACCUCUGAAAGAAGGACAUCCCCGCCUUAAAAUACAAAAUGAUGCACAUUAUGCUUUUAUGAAUUUUUUAUAGGUUUGCCUUUUAUGGUCUAAAAGGGUCUAAAAAGUUUUUAGUGUUUCUAUGAGAUUUCUUUUAAUAUGUAUAUAUAUCUCGCGUAGACAUUUUUCUUAUCUUCCAACACAUUGCGUUCAUCUGCGCAGUUGUAUGUGGAUGACUAAAUCGAAUAAAAAGUUUUCUUCAUAUAAAGAGCCUUUAAAUCGAUUAAAACGUGUGUAUCAUUUUUUUUUUCAUUUUUCAUUAUCUUUACGGGUACAUAAUCAUUCUAACG